CUAGAGGCAGGCUGAGGUUUCCUGUGUCAGCUCCACAUGACAUAUAUAGAGGUUCUGGACCUGCCAUUCUGUACCUGUCUCCUGCCUGGCCACAGCUACUGCUUUGUCUCAUCAGGACAGUGGUGGGAGAUGCUGCUGCUCCUCCUGCUCACAAAUGCUUUUGUCCUUCUGCCCUGGGCUGGGGCUGGAAGGAUCAUUGGUGGAAAGGAAGCUAAAGCCCACUCCAGACCCUACAUGGCUUUUUUAGAAGUUCAAAAUAAGACAAACACUAGUUACUGUGGAGGGUUCCUGAUUCGCCCAGACGCAGUGCUCUCAGCAGCUCACUGUAUGGAUAUAAAAAACAUAGUGAGCGUCACUGUGACUCUGGGAGCCCACAACAUAAUGGAUGAAGAAUGUAGCCAGCAGAAGAUCUGUGCUGCAAAAUGGGUCAUCCAUCCUAAAUAUUCCCGUAAAGUUGGGAAAAAUGACAUUGUGCUGCUGAAGCUGGAGGAAAAUGCCAAGAUCAAUGAGAACGUGCGAUGUAUCUCCAUUCCCAAGAAAAAUGAACGUGUGAGAGAAGGAGAUUUAUGCACGGUGUCUGGCUGGGGAUUGACAUCUAAGAAAGGGGUGAUGAGUGAUGUCUUGAGGGAGGUGGAACUGGAGGUGCAAAAUGAGGAAGUAUGUGAGCAGCUUUCCAGUAACUACCUGCGUCAGUCUAUGAUCUGUGUUGGUGAUGAAAACAGUGAAAAUGUAACUUCCCAUGGUGAUUCUGGUGGCCCAUUAGUCUGCAAUAAGAAGGCUCAUGGCAUUGUUUCUCAUGGAUGUGGUGGCCGUCUCUCCCCUGAGGUUUUCACCAGGAUCUCAUACUUUGAGCCCUGGAUCCAAAAGCAGCUGCAGAAGUUUUCACGCAAGGCAAUUUCUUGCUUUCCAUUCUCUGACUAAAAUGCUCAGUGCCCCUUCUCCACAAUGCAUCCAA